AAUCUGUGACCUCUGUUUAAGGUAACUUAAAAUGAUGGGCGCCACUAGAAGUGAAGAAUCUAUGUGCGAGAUUACACUGGGAGUUGAGCCUCGCGUAAUAACAGUUCGUGUUCCCAUAACCAUUCCAUCAAGUGCCUGUCACGAUGAAUUAGCUCAUCGUCUCGUGUACCAUCACAACAUACCUAUAUAUCUUCAUAACGAAUUGAGUGAGAAACUCCAAGCAUUCAUCCAGGAUAAGACAGAGGAAUAUUAUCGUCAACAGGAUCAUCGUGCCAUCCAAAAUCUUCGAGACGGAACAUUGAAUAUUGACGAUGUUGCAACUGCUUGGGCUAACAAGUACUCCCAAGUCAGCAAGAGGCAGGAAGAUAAAGGCUGUGAAAAUGAGAUGCUGGCCUCUAUGUAUCACUCUCUUGUCCACUCUCCGGCCGCGGUCAAUUUGCUCAGUCUUGAACACUCAUUUGCUGGCGCCAUGAGCUCUCUCGUUGCCCAGAGAGAAUAUGCCCUGAAGGAAAUUAGCGAAAGGCAAACAAAAGAGAUGAGUAACACAGUGAGUAAAGUGGGUGUGAAUCUCACUGACGAUGAUGUGAAUAACCUCGCAGCCUGUCACCUGGAGGACUCCCAGUUAAUGGAAGUGCAGUGGGACUCGACGAUAUCUGUUCUCAGAGAAAAUCAGAAAUGGGAAUUUAAAAACUUUGUCUUGGAGUCUUUUGCUGGAAGAGAGGUCACCACCCCAGUAACUCCUAAGGAUUUCAUAACUGGAGGUAGUGACAGUGUUGUGGUGGAGACACUGGAGCCCACACAAGAGGAGAGCUUCACCAUUCACCUCGGAGCACAGAUGAAACAGAUGCAUAAUCUGCGUCUGCUGUCUGCACACGUACUUCAGCUCUGCAAGUAUCAGUCGCAUGAUGCCAGCGACAUCCCACCGCAGAGGAUUCAGACCUCAAUGAGCCUCUAUUCUCACAACUUGAAUGGAUUGGUGCUGCUGGUGGAUGACCGCAUCAACACCUAUACUGGAAUCAAACGUGAUUUUGCUCGUGUGUGCAGUAGAUCAACAGAACUUCACUUCCCUGACUUAGAAGACCAACUGGAGUGUGUUAGAGACAUUGUUCCACAGGUGGUACAGUGGCGCCGAGACCAUCCUCCGCCGCAGUAUGAUUGCGAGGAUGACGCCCCAUCUGUCCCACCAGUUCCGCAGCAUCUUAAAGCUGGAGAUUUCUACAUCAGCCGACAUUCGAACCUUGCUGAUGUUCAUGUUGUAUUUCACAUGAUUGUGGACGACACACUUCGAUCCGGGGACAUCAAUUCGCGCCAUCCAGUCAUCCUGGGGCUUAGAAAUGUUUUAAAGGUUGCCUGUCUGGGAGACAUCACAACACUCACCAUUCCUCUCUUGCUCACUCUCACCAUGUCAGAGCAGGAGAUGACGAUGUCCUGGUGCCAGAAACGUGCUGAACUAGUUUACAAAUGCAUCAAAGGUUUCAUGAUGGAGAUGACAUCUUGGGGUGGAGCCGAAAUGAAGAAUAUGCAGUUCCUUGUACCGAAGGGAAUUUCUGAAGAGUUGUUCCAGCAUCUGGCAGCGAUGCUGCCCAACAUCUUCCGAGUGUCGAACCCGUUAGUUGUGAAGUCGUCUUAAUAAAUAUACCUGUACUGC